UAAUAUAAUAUCAUCCAGCAGCUUUUUCUGCUGCUCUCUCGCCGUCUUCCUCCGUUAACAGCAGCGGUAACUGCAUUUUCCGACAACUUCACUGUUGUAAGUUUUCAGUGGUUAAAGAAUGGCAUUCUCGACUGCCGUUUCAUCAUCGUAUAUGCCUAGACUGUACUCCCAGUUAUCAGCGCAUGAUGCAGCUACAGAGACAAAGUCUAUGAUAUGCUUAUCUAACGCAACCCCUUUUGUUCAACGUUCUUUGAGUUACAAAGCUGGUAUUUCUUCUCAUUUGGAAAGAAGAGGGGCACACAACUUCAAAGUAUCUGCUUCAGUUACGACAGAUGUUCCAGCAUCUGAAGCUCCUGCAAAGUCUCCAAUUAUCAAGGGUGACACUUGGUCAAUCCAUAAAUUUGGUGGCACCUGUGUAGGGACUUCUGAAAGAAUCCAAAAUGUUGCGAAUAUUGUAAUUGAAGACAUUUCCGAAAGAAAGCUGGUUGUUGUCUCCGCGAUGUCUAAAGUUACGGAUAUGAUGUAUGAUAUUAUUGAAAAAGCACAGUCCCGAGAUGAGACAUAUGUAUUGGCACUUGAUGCUGUUUAUGAAAAACACAAGCUGGCAGCAGUUGCGCUACUUGAUGGUGAUGAACUUGCUAAUUUCUUGUCUACUCUGAGUCAUGACAUUAGUAACCUUAAAGCGAUGCUACGUGCAUAUUAUAUAGCUGGACAUGCCGCAGAAUCCUUUUCAGCUUUUGUAGUUGGACAUGGAGAGUUAUGGUCUGCUCAGUUAUUGUCAUCUGUUCUCAGAAAGGGUGGGAUAGAUUGUAACUGGAUGGACACAAGAGAUGUCCUCAUUGUCACACCUGCUGGUUCUAAUCAAGUUGAUCCAGAUUAUGAAGAGUCAGAGACAAGACUCGACAAAUGGCUCUUAGACAAUCCUUCUAAGGUAGUAGUUGCUACUGGUUUUAUAGCUAGCACCCCUCAAAAUAUUCCCACAACUUUGAAAAGGGAUGGAAGCGACUUUUCCGCUGCUAUCAUGGGUGCUUUAUUCAGGGCCCGACAGGUAACAAUUUGGACGGAUGUUGAUGGUGUUUACAGUGCAGAUCCUAGAAAAGUUAGUGAGGCUGUGAUAUUGAAUACCUUAUCAUAUCAGGAGGCCUGGGAAAUGUCGUAUUUUGGGGCAAAUGUUUUACAUCCUCGAACUAUCAUUCCAGUCAUGCAGUAUGACAUCCCCAUCGUUAUAAGAAAUAUCUUCAACCUCUCUGCACCCGGGACAAAGAUUUGCAGGGAACCGAUCGUUGAAAAUGAAGAAAAACAGAAAUUGGAAUCUUAUGUAAAAGGUUUUGCGACCAUAGACAACCUAGCUCUUGUAAAUGUUGAGGGAACUGGAAUGGCUGGUGUUCCCGGGACAGCAAGUGCCAUUUUUGCUGCCGUAAAAGACGUUGGAGCUAAUGUCAUCAUGAUUUCUCAGGCUAGCAGUGAACAUUCUGUGUGUUUUGCUGUGCCUGAGAAGGAAGUGAAAGCCGUUGCAAAGGCAUUAGAGGCUAGAUUUCGUCAAGCUUUAAGUGCUGGACGUCUUUCUCAGGUUGCAGUAAUUCCAAACUGUAGCAUUCUUGCAGCAGUUGGACAGAAAAUGGCCAGCACUCCAGGUGUUAGUGCGACACUAUUUAAUGCACUUGCAAAGGCUAGCAUUAACGUCCGGGCUAUUGCACAAGGCUGCUCUGAGUAUAAUAUUACUGUAGUUGUCAAAAGGGAAGAUUGUGUAAGAGCCUUAAGAGCGGUGCAUUCAAGAUUCUAUCUUUCAAAAACGUCAAUAGCGGUGGGUAUCAUUGGGCCUGGGCUGAUUGGUGCCACUUUACUUACUCAGCUUAGGGAUCAGGCAGCAGUCCUGAAGGAAAAGUCUAACACCGAUUUACGUGUCAUGGGUAUCAUUGGAUCGAAGAAAAUGCUGCUAAGUGACAUGGGUAUCGAUCUUUCUAAUUGGAACGAGCUUCUGAAGGAAAAGGGGGAAAGAGCUGAUCUGGAAAAGUUUGUUCACCAUGUGCAAGGGAAUCAUUUUAUCCCUAAUACAGCAUUAGUAGACUGUACAUCAAGCACUGAGGUCGCAGACCAUUACCGUGACUGGUUGCAUUCAGGAAUUCAUGUGAUCACCCCAAAUAAGAAGGCAAAUUCUGGACCACUUGAUAAGUAUCUGAAGCUGCGAGCUCUUCAAAGGCAAUCAUACACUCAUUACUAUUAUGAAGCUACUGUUGGAGCUGGUCUUCCAAUUGUAAAUACUUUACGAGAUCUACUUCAAACAGGGGACAAGAUUAUAAAAAUUGAAGGAAUUUUCAGUGGGACGUUGAGUUAUAUAUUCAACAGUUUUAUUGACACACGAGCAUUCAGUGAGGUAGUGGUGGAGGCCAAAGCAGCGGGUUACACCGAACCAGACCCAAGGGAUGAUCUUGCCGGAACAGACGUUGCCAGAAAGGUAAUAAUUCUUGCUAGAGAAUGUGGUUUAAUGCUCGAACUUUCAGAUAUCCCUGUUCAGAGCCUUGUGCCAGAUCCAUUAAUGGAAACUGCAUCAGUGGAUGAUUUUAUGAAGCAGCUACCAUCCUUUGACGCAGAUAUAGCUACUAAGCGGAAAGCUGCAGAGGAUGCUGGAGAAGUUCUGAGAUAUGUUGGGGUCGUGGAUGUUAAAAACAAGAAAGGACUUGUGGAGUUGCAAAGGUAUAGCAAGCAACACCCGUUUGCCCAGCUGUCAGGGUCUGAUAACAUCAUUGCUUUUACAACAGAAAGGUACAACAAACAACCCCUAAUUGUUCGCGGUCCUGGUGCCGGAGCGGAAGUAACAGCUGGUGGUGUAUUUAGUGACCUAUUACGGCUUGCCUCAAAUCUUGGCGCCCCAUCGUACUAGUUGUAUUUGUAAUAGUGUAACCCUGGUCUUUUUUUUUUUUGUAUAACUUAUAUAAUAAGUCAAGUCCAGGUUGCAUUGAAUUCUAAUUUGUUUCUCCCAGGGGUUCAAUGCGAUUAGUUCUCAAGGAUGUUAGUUUAGCUAUUGUUGAUGUUACGAUGCAAAACCAUUGUAGCAAUGGUAAGCUUCCCUAGUUCGUGCUUUUUACUUAUCCAUCUCUUUGAAUUAAAUAAAGCUGUUUCACCAGUGGGUCACUGGGUUGUAA